AAAUUCCGAGACGUCCAAAAAGAAUAAUUUCUCACCGAACAAACAUCAGACAUCCAUGCAGUAUCCCCUUUUCUUUUUCCAUUUAAAACUAAACAUCUUUUUGAGAUUUUCAAUAAACAAGAAAAAAUCUUUGCAUCGAAUUUCCAACCUUUUCCUUUUCUUCUUCUCUCAUCAGUGCGCUGCUCUGAGUGGAUAGAAGAAAGUAGGCAACGAGCAGCAGUUCCAACAGAGCCCGGAAUCAAAGUUGAGGAGCUUUUCAGAGAAGUAGCUUGUGUUUUUUUAUCAUCCCUAAAGUACCCUCUGAUCUGAAUUGGAGGUCAAGGUAGGUGUACCAGAGAGAAGUAUGGGUAGUCAUCAAGAGCCCAAGAAAAGAGUUGCAUUUAUUCUGAUUGAUGGGUUGGGGGAUGUGUCACUGCCAUGGUUUGGAUAUAAGACUCCUCUGCAAGCAGCCAAUAUACCCAAUUUGGAUGCCAUUGCAUCUGCUGGAGUUAAUGGUCUAAUGGAUCCUGUUGAAGUAGGGUUGGGUUGCGGAAGUGACACAGCUCACCUUUCUCUAUUGGGAUAUGACCCGAAAGUAUACUACCGGGGACGUGGUGCAUUUGAGUCCAUGGGUGCUGGAUUAGCUAUGUCACCUGGGGAUAUUGCAUUCAAGUCAAAUUUUGCGACCUUGGAUGAGAAAACAGGAGUAGUUACCAGUAGGAGGGCUGACAGGCACUUUGAAGAAGAGGGGCCAAUACUUUGUGCAGCACUGGAUGGAAUGAAGCUCCCACCUUUUCCUGAGUAUGAAGUUAGAGUCAGAUAUGCAACUGAACACAGAUGCGGAGUGGUUGUGAAGGGACCAAGACUGAGUGGAAAUAUAUCAGGAACAGACCCUUUGAAAGACAACCGCUUGCUUCUGGAAGCCAAAGCUCUAGAUGAUACAGAUGAAGCAAAGCACACAGCUGCAGUUGUUAACGAAUUAUCCCGGGAGAUAUCAAGAAUUCUGGUUUCUCACCCCCUGAAUUCAAAAAGGGCUGCAGAAGGGAAGAAUAUCGCAAAUGUGGUCCUUUUACGAGGUUGUGGUAUUCGAAUUGAGGUCCCUCCGUUCCAAAAGAAACAUGGCUUGUGGCCUUGUAUGGUAGCUCCCACCAAAAUUAUAGCUGGGCUGGGCUUGUCACUUGGUAUUGACAUUCUAGAAGCUCCUGGGGCCACUGGAGACUAUCGAACACUUUUAACUUCCAAAGCCACUGCAAUUUCUGAGGCACUCUCAGCUCCUUUGAAUUCUUGCCCUCGUGUAUUUGUACCAGGAGAGGAUGAGCAUAAGCCAGGGAGAUCAGAUGGCUAUGAUUUUGGGUUUCUCCAUAUAAAGGCUAUAGACGAUGCCGGUCAUGAUAAGGCAAGCUUAUUUAAAGUAAAAGGUUUGGAGGCAGUAGAUCGAGCUAUAAGGCAGCUGGCCAAGCUACUCUGGCAGGCAGAAUCAACUGGGAAGUUUGAGUAUUUUCUCUGUGUCACUGGUGAUCACUCUACUCCUGUUGAAUAUGGGGACCACAGCUUUGAACCAGUUCCAUUUACAAUGUGCCGGUUGAAAGAUUUUGUUGGGGCAGUAGGUGGGGAGUCUGUUGUUUUGGAAACUUCCCUUGAUCCGUUUCCUCUUCCAACAGUUCAGGCUGGUGAAGACUUAUCUGAAGAUUUUGCGGUAGUAGGAGACACAGAAAGCAAGCAAGUGACAGCAUUCAGUGGUGAUUCAGUUGUAGAGUUUAAUGAGAUAGCAGCAGCGAGGGGAUGUCUUGGGCGUUUUCCGGGUGGAGAGAUGAUGGGAAUUAUUAAGAAAUUUCUUCAACUGGAUGCAUGAACUUCUGGAUUUGGAUAAUAUAGUUGCCUAAUAUAACAGUUUCGGAGUUCCCAAGGAUAGCUGGAAAACCAUAGUGCUUUGGUUAUUUAUAUUUUCCAAAAUUUUGGAGGUUUAGUUUGACAGAGAUAAAAAAUAAAUGUAAUAUGUGCACUGUGCAGAACAAGUUGAUAAGUAACUGAAGGCCCAUUUUGACAUAAGGCAAAGUAAAUGUAUUACUUGCACUGCGCAGAACAAGUUGAUGUAGCUUGUUUUCAACAAUAACAAACCCUCUUUGAUAGUG